AUGCAGACCAAGUGUAUCAUCGACAUUUUCGUCUGCAGUCGACCGGAUGAAAAGUGUGCCCAGUCAGUCUCCACCAGGUGUGCCCAGUCAGUCUCCAGCAGGUGUGCCCAGUCAGUCUACACCAGGUGUGUCCAGUCAGUCUCCAGCAGGUGUGCCCAGUCAGUCUCCACCAGGUGUGCCCAGUCAGUCUCCAGCAGGUGUGCCCAGUCAGUCUACACCAGGUGUGCCCAGUCAGUCUACACCAGGUGUGCCCAGUCAGUCUCCAGCAGGUGUGCCCAGUCAGUCUCCAGCAGGUGUGCCCAGUCAGUCUACACCAGGUGUGCCCAGUCAGUCUCCAGCAGGUGUGCCCAGUCAGUCUACACCAGGUGUGCCCAAUCAGUCUCCACCAGGUGUGCCCAGUCAGUCUCCAGUAGGUGUGCCCAGUCAGUCUCCACCAGGUGUGCCCAAUCAGUCUCCACCAGGUGUGCCCAGUCAGUCUACACCAGGUGUGCCCAAUCAGUCUCCAGCAGGUGUGCCCAAUCAGUCUCCACCAGGUGUGCCCAGUCAGUCUCCACCAGGUGUGCCCAGUCAGUCUCCAGUAGGUGUGCCCAGUCAGUCUCCACCAGGUGUGCCCAAUCAGUCUCCACCAGGUGUGCCCAGUCAGUCUCCACCAGGUGUGCCCAAUCAGUCUCCACCAAGUGUGCCCAGUCAGUCUCCAGUAGGUGUGCCCAGUCAGUCUCCACCAGGUGUGCCCAGUCAGUCUCCACCAGGUGUGCCCAGUCAGUCUCCAGCAGGUGUGCCCAGUCAGUCUCCAGCAGGUGUGCCCAGUCAGUCUACACCAGGUGUGCCCAGUCAGUCUCCACCAGGUGUGCCCAGUCAGUCUCCAGCAGGUGUGCCCAGUCAGUCUACACCAGGUGUGCCCAGUCAGUCUCCACCAGGUGUGCCCAAUCAGUCUCCACCAGGUGUGCCCAGUCAGUCUCCAGUAGGUGUGCCCAGUCAGUCUCCAGCAGGUGUGCCCAGUCAGUCUCCAGUAGGUGUGCCCAGUCAGUCUCCAGCAGGUGUGCCCAGUCAGUCUCCAGCAGGUGUGCCCAGUCAGUCUACACCAGGUGUGCCGAGUCAGUCUACACCAGCAGCAGCUCCCAGAACUCCUGCUUCAUCUCAGUGGCUGCCCUGGAUUUCAGCUGA